AUGGAAAAAGAUUUCAAACCAAGUAGCGACUUGGCAAUGAUUGAAACUGAUAGAAAAUAUAUAGAGUUUUUUCCGCAAAAAGAUUUUGAUACGUCAUUGCGUGAUCUAUUGGCAGAAAUUGAAAGCAUGAAUGAAAUAGAAAAUCAAACAACGAAUACCCCGGCGUCUUCAACUGAAAUAAAUAUCAAUUCGCUCAAUACAACAAAUGAGAACACGCUCGAUAUGAGUGAUCGUAUUAAUAAAAUAAUUUCCGAUUAUAAAAACUCAAUCCAGAAGAACCAUCUUCAAUUGGGACAUCUCACAAAGAAUGAAUUAUCUAAACUGAUGGAACGACUUUGCCAAGAGAUUUCUCCUGAUACUUUAGAACUAUUUCGAAACGAACAUUUCAAUGAUGAUAACAAUAAUGCUGAUAAUACUGCUCAACAGUUAGAAAAAUUCUACGAAUCGAUUCGGAAAUAUCCUACAAAACAAGAUCUGAAAUAA